CCCAGGGCUUUUUUUUUUUUUUUUUUUACAUCCGGUUCAAUCACCUCCAUAUUGAGCCGGGCUGGCGGAAGAGGCACGUGCUUUGCUGAAUGGAGCUGGUCGCGGGUUGCUACGAGCAGGUCCUCUUUGGGGUAACUGUACACCCGAAGUCUGAGGCGUGCGGCGACCGCGAGCAGCAAUGGACUCCUGUGGCCGACUUCACUCACCAUGCUCACACUGCCUCCUUGUCAGCAGUAGCUGUCAAUAGUCGUUUUGUGGUCACUGGGAGCAAAGAUGAAACAAUUCACAUUUAUGACAUGAAAAAGAAGAUAGAGCAUGGGGCUCUAGUGCAUCACAGUGAUGCUCACCUAGUGGAAUGGUCCCCAAGAGGAGAGCAAUAUGUAGUUAUCAUACAGAAUAAAAUAGACAUCUAUCAGCUUGACACUGCAUCCAUUAGUGGCACCAUCACAAAUGAAAAGAGAAUUUCUGCUGUUAAAUUUCUUUCAGAGUCUGUCCUUGCAGUGGCUGGAGAUGAAGAAGUUAUAAGGUUUUUUGACUGUGAUUCGCUAGUGUGCCUCUGUGAAUUUAAAGCUCAUGAAAACAGUCCCAGCUACUCGGGAAAGCUGAGGCAGGAGAAUCGCUUGAACCCAGGAGGCAAAGGUUGCAGCGAGCCAAGAUCACACCACUGCACUCCAUCCAGCCUGGCUACAGUGCGAGACUCCCUCUCAGAAAAAGAAAACAAAAAAACAAUGCAAAAUCGGUGAAGUUGUUUUUUGGGACUAGUCCUUUGCACAAGAUAGUUUUUUAAAUGUCUGUUAGAUUUGGAGCCUGAAAUCAAACGUAUUUGAACAAACAAAAGACUAAACAGUCUUGAGCUUUGUUCCCAACUACUUUUGUCCUUUUAUGUAAUUCCCCUUGCCUACUUCUUCCCCCUUUAUGAGUGAUUUUUUUUCCCCCUGCAGGAGAAGUGAACUGUUAUUGAGUUCCAGUUUUGUGCCAGUCUUUAUUACCUUUUAAUGCUUACUGUAUUUCUAGGGGGUAGAUAAUCUCAAAAUAAGCAGUUAAGUGGCUUGGCUAAGAUUACCCCACUCUUAGGUAAUGCAGCUGAGAGUUGAACCCAGUUUUAUCUGACUCUUAGAUCCCUGCUUUUUCUAGGAAUUUUGAAAAAGGUGAUCUAAUGUGCAGAGUUAUAUUUUGAUGUAUUUCAUUUGCAUGUUCUAUGUCUCAAAUGAGUCGUCUUAUUUAUUAACAGUGGUUAAGUUUUAAGAAAUCCGUACUUGGAGUACUGCAGUUACUAAAAUAAAGGCCUUACUCUUUCCCUA